AUGGAGCUAUUCAAACAUAUCGCCAGAUCUUUUCUCCUAAUCUCAGGGGUUGCAGGGGCUCUGUCAACACUGGCAGUCGAAGGUGCGUUUGUCUUCGGCACAGAUGGAAUCGUCAACCUGUCCUCGGAUGGCGUCACUCCCGACAUACAGAUUGUUGAUUUUGGACAAAACUUCGAGGGCCAUCCGACCUUUGAAGUUAUCAGCACCUCGGGUGAUACUUCGGUGUUCGAGGUAUCUUUUGCCGAGUCCAAGGCCGCCUUUGGGGGUUAUCAGAGCGAUGGCCCACUUGGCUUGGCCGCCGCCAUGGAUACCUAUCGUGUCAGGCGCUACAACAUAUCUGAGUCUUUCAUCUACGAGGGUCGACUUAUUCAGGGUUCCUUCCGCUAUCAGAAGCUCAAUCUAUCUUCUUCCGGGGAGCUUGUCCUAAAGAACGUCGGUGUCAGGCAGACCGUCAACACGACCCCCAUUGAUGAGCUUCCAGGAUCAUUCCAGUGUUCCGACGAAGACCUGACUCGUAUCUGGCGCACCGGUGCCAGGACGGUUCAGCUAACGGAAAUUCCCAAAGACACCAUCCCCGACUUCUGGGACGUCUCUGAGAAAGGCUCCUUUGUUGAUAGUCUUGCUCCUCAACCGCUAGCUGGAAUUGGUUCUGGUGGUCUCAUGACCUACAAAUUGGCUUUCGAAGUACUGCCUGCCUCCGGUGCCUUCAUGUUCGCCGUUCUCCAGGACACCCUAGGAAAUGGCAUAGAUAUCACCUGCGACUUGAAUGCUGGCACACUCCAGGCCGAGGUUGAAAGUACUAUGUUGGCAUCGGCCAACCUGUCCAUCCCCUGGUCUCGGGAUGCUUGGCUGUCUGUCAAAGCGAGUGUCAGUUCGGCAGGCAUCAAGGUCGCCAUCAACAAUGCCUCUAUGCUGGAAUUCAACCAGACCAGCAAGUUCUUCGGGUCAUUCGGCCUCGGUACCCCCUUUGCUCACUCAGCCUACUUCCGUAACCUUGAGGUGACCGACCUUUUGGGCGGUCCCAUAUACUCCUCGUCUCUGACGGAUCGUGACUUCUUGGACGAUUUCCUGAUGGGCUCUAACCCUGCCGACACUAUAGUCGAUGGCUCCCGCAGGGACAGAAUCUCUUACGCCGGGGACCUGGACAUUGCCCUUGCCGCCUCCUUCGCGAGCACCUAUGGACUCUCCUUUGUUGAGGGGUCCUUGAAUCUCCUUGGAUCUUUCCAGCUGGAGCCUGGCUUCUUCGUGCCCACCGCCAAGAUUCAGCAAAAGCCUAUGACGGGUCUCAUACCCGCCAACCAGACUGGACUCAUCGCGUACUCAUUUAACCUAAUAUCCGCAUUCUCGCAAACCUACAUGAUAACCGGCAAUGUCACAUUUGCCCAGACGUGGGCACCCGCUGUGAUGAGAAUGCUGGAUUGGGCCGAGUCCAAGCUUGUGAACGGUGUCUUCACUCUUGAUGAACCGACCUUCACAGGGGACUGGAACUAUUACGACCCACCUCAAAACGGAGCCAGCUCCAAGUUCAACGCCGUAUAUGCAUACGCCCUCCAGCAGAGCCUGCAUUUGCUUACCGGUGCCGACAUGAAUGCCACUAAGUACGAAGUGCGUCUUACCAAUCUAAGGCAGGCCAUGCACAGCCAGCUUUUCGACGCUUCCCUCGGGUUUUACAAGCUCAGCUCAGAGAUCACCUCUGGGUUCGCCCAAGACGCGCAGGCUAUCGCUAUUUUAGCGGGCGUUCCUCAAGCAAACAACAUCUCCGCCAUUGACUUGCUGUCGAGAAUGGGGCGAGAGCUCCUCCUCGUGGCCGGACCCCUGGCCUUCAGCAACUCAACUGUCUCCGCCGGUUUCGCCCAGAAGAUCAGCCCCUAUGCCUCGUCCUACCAUCUCCGCGCUGCCCUCGAAACUGGCCACAGUGACGCUGCACUAGCGCUCUUGAAAACGUUGUGGGCUCCCCUAGCCGAUCCGCAGCAUGCAAAUUACACCAACUGUUUCUGGGAGACUCUCGAACCUGACGGCAAUCCGGGUUUGGGUAUCAGUACCUCGCUUUGCCACGGUUGGGGCGCAGGCCCCACUGGCGAACUCACGCGGUUUGUUCUCGGCAUUCAACCGGCCGCUCCCGGGUUCUCGGAAUGGGUGGUCAAGCCUUUAACUCUAGGCUUGAAAUGGGCCGUUGGCCGUCAACGCACCGAGAGGGGUGACAUCAAUGUGGAAUGGCGGUUCGACGAUGCUGGACUACUGCAGAUGAACGUCACCGGACCGGAGGGGGGCAAGAUUCAUCUCCCUCAGCCCCUGCUAGUGCCUAUGAACGAGUCCAUUAUUACUGUAAACGGGGAGAUCGUUACAGGUGUUGAAUUCCCUUUUGCAGCAAGCAAAACCACAACUAUUGUCCAGAUGGGAAGGCCACUUAACACUCUAAGAUAA